UUAACCCAACUUGGGAUAGCGAAAUUCUGGAGAUGGUUAGAGAAAUGCGGGAAAAAACAAUAACGAUUGAAGAGUAUCUUACUGACUUAGAGGAAACUAUAACAAUAGCUGAAAAACAUCCUGAUAACUUUAUACUAACCGCUUCUGAUCUAAAUGAACGAAAAAAGUUUGUUAAUGAUGUCAAAAAAUUAGCGCAAGUCAUUGAAAAAGAACUCACCAGCGAAGCGACAAACGCAAAACUAGAAGUCUGCAGGAAAAGAAUGUUAAUCCAAUCUUCGAAUCCCACUACUUUAAAAAAAAUGAGUAACGGUUACAAGAAUCCUCAAAGUGAAUUUGAAUUCCAAAAUCAGGCAGUAAUUAACGACUAUAAAAAUCGACAUCAAAAAAUAAUGGCUCAACAGGAUCAGGACUUGGAAGAAAUUAGCACAACUAUCGAGAAUAUACACAGCAUUGCUCAAGAAACAAACAGGGCUUUAGCAGAGCACGACAGAUUGCUGGAUGACUUAUCGUCGACCAUAGAAAAUACCGAAUCUCAAUUAGACAACGUGAUUAAGAAAGUCGAUCGAGUUAUUGGAAAGAUCAACGGAGGAAAACAAACAGCAAUCAUGAUUUUCUUGGCCGUGGUGCUCGCUGGCUUACUAUUGGUGUACUUUGCUUUUUAA